AUGGCUCCUACAGGGAACGGGCCAUUGAUACCAAUCUUAGGUUUCCUUACAUGUGUUGCUUUUAUCUAUCUCUCGUUCGGAGAUUUGUGGUUCGGUUACCAAGGAGAAGCCGAGUUAGGGUUCGUGAAACGGAACGGGACACAGUUCGUGGUUGAUGGUAAGGCUCUGUAUGUGAAUGGUUGGAACUCGUAUUGGUUCAUGGACCAUGCCGUGAAUGAUCACAGCAGACACCGUGUCGGUGCUAUGCUUGAAGCUGGAGCUCAAAUGGGUCUCACUGUUUGUAGAACUUGGGCUUUCAAUGAUGGAGGUUACAAUGCUCUCCAGAUCUCUCCUGGUAGAUUCGAUGAACGAGUCUUCAAGGCCUUGGAUCAUGUAAUCGCAGAGGCAAAAACACAUGGUGUUAGGUUGCUUCUUAGCUUAGUGAAUAACUUACAAGCGUAUGGAGGGAAGACUCAGUACGUCAAUUGGGCAUGGCAAGAAGGUGUUGGUCUCAGUUCCUCCAAUGAUUCCUUCUUCUUUGACCCAUCUAUCCGCAGAUACUUCAAGAAUUAUCUCACGGUGCUGCUCACCCGCAAAAACUCGAUAACUGGGAUCGAGUACAGAAACGACCCUACAAUUUUUGCAUGGGAACUGAUAAACGAGCCUCGCUGCUUGUCUGAUAUCUCUGGAGAUACACUCCAAGACUGGAUUAACGAAAUGACUGCAUUCAUUAAAUCGAUUGACAACAAGCAUCUUCUAACCGUAGGAUUGGAAGGGUUCUAUGGUCCCAAGAGCCCAAAACGGCUGACAGUUAACCCAGAACGGUGGGCCUCUGAGCUUGGAUCAGAUUUUGUUCGAAACUCUGAGUCGCCAAACAUCGAUUUUGCAUCGGUUCAUAUCUACCCUGAUCACUGGUUUCACGAUCAGGGGUUUGAAGAGAAGCUAAAGUUUGUGGUGAAAUGGAUGCUAUCUCACAUUGAAGACGGGGACAAGGAACUGAAGAAGCCUGUUCUGUUCACCGAGUUUGGGCUCUCGAAUCUGAACAAAGAUUAUGAGCCGUCGCAGCGGGACCGGUUCUACAGAACCAUAUUCGAUGUUGUAUACAAAUCAGCAAAGCGGAGGAGGUCUGGUGCAGGAACACUGGUGUGGCAGUUUUUGAUACAAGGCAUGGAAGGGUUCAACGAUGACUUUGGGAUUGUGCCGUGGGAACAAGAUUCGAUUCAGAGACUAAUGAUGGAGCAAUCUUGCAGAUUGGGUCGGAUCACAGGACGCCAUCUUCAGGACAAGAAGUCGAGAGAAAUGUGUUCGCAUAAACCAUGA